GGCAGAGAAGCGGGUUCCCCUGGCAUCGUUAACCAUGUCGGGUAGAAAGCCCCGGUCUGUGGCAAACCCUCUGGAGUCUGCGAUCACCACACCGAGUGAGAGGAUACUGAAGGAGUGCCACAAUCUGUAUGUGGACAGCGAAAACGGCUUGGUAAAAAUUGCCAGCAGCCUGGGAGUCCGUCUUCUGCCUCCCAGAAAGAAGAUCAUCGUGAUGAUAAUGGGUAACCACUCUGCAGGAAAGAGCUCCUUCAUUAACUGGUAUGUUGAAGAGCACAUACAGAAAACAGGGGUGGCCAUCGAAACGCAGGGGUUUACCUUCAUCACAAGUGGACGCAAAAGAGAAUCUCUGACGGGGAAUGCAACGCUGCAUCUCUAUCCUCACUUUCGACCGCUCCUGGAGUUCAAAGGUGUUACUGACUACCUAUCUGCUGAGAUCUCCACCUCCAAGCAGAAGAAAUUCAGCCUGGUGACUUUCGUGGACACUCCGGGUUUGGUGGACGGGGACAUGAUCUACCCUUUUGAUGUGAAUAGCGCCAUCACUUGGUUGGGAGAACAGGCAGACCUGAUAUUUGUGUUCUUUGACCCGAUGGGCCAAGCGCUUUGCAAACGCACGCUCAACAUCGUGGAGAAGCUGAGCCAAAAAUGCGCAGACAAGCUGUUGUUCUACCUCAGCAAGGCAGAUGAAGCCGGAAAGGAGACAGACAGACAGAGAGUGAUGAUGCAGAUAGUCCAAGAACUGUGCCGCCGUCCAGGUCUUAACAAAUGUGGCUUUGAGAUGCCAACAAUAUACAUCCCGAACCCACAGAAGCCGAGCAGGUGUGUGAACCAGAUCGAUGGCGUUUGUCAGACCAUCGAGAAGACCAUUAACCAGGCUGUUCAGAAGACACUGAAUCAGCUGGAGAAAGAUUCUGACCUUAUUUGUUCCACUAUCAGCAGCAGACUAGAGCAGGACAGGGCUGAUGUGGCUUGCAACAAAAACAUCCGUCUUCAUUCAUUCCUGUGCGGUGCUUUGGGUGUUUUCCUGCCUUUACUCUUCAUCCUCAGUUUUAUUGUGAGCACCUUAUCCAAAGAGCAGCUGGAGGAGCUGUUGGGUGAAGGUGCAACUCGAACCAUAACUAUCUUCACAGGAAUAGUGAUGUAUUUAUGGGACUGGAUACCUGAAGAUGGGCAAGUAGUCUUUGUCAUCAUUUUUGGGGCUUUUUGCUACCUCCUGCUUUUCCUGGCAAAGUAUUUUGCAGGCCGGAGGAAUAAGACUCUGACGAAGAAGGAGAAGAGGACGAUGGCAGAGUACAAUGAUUACAUCCAAGAUAUCGUCAAGACUAAGAAGAGUAAAUUGUAUGAAUGGUACCUCCAGCAGUGUGCAGCAGAAUAUGACCUCUGACCCUGGGUAAGCUGAAGACACUUUGCACCAGUACCUGUAAGCUCGCAGGUGUAAGCUCUAAAUCAGCCGAGAUCACUGCCAGCAAUUAUCAUCUCAGCAGCUGAUUUGAAAAGUGCCUUUAUUACUAAUUAUUGGAGAAGCUAUGAUUGUAGUCAUUUAAUGAAAGCCAAACUGUGACUGGAUUUUUUUUUUUAUAGUCUUUGGGUAAUUAUUGCAAGAAAAAUAUGAAAUGUUUACAAAUUACAAAUUUUGAACUUGGGGCUGCCUUUACCAGCAAACACAUUUUCAUGGUGUCCUCUAUAAAGGUAGUUCUCAUUGUUGUCAUGUGAUCAGUCUUUAUAUCGCACUGCACUGUCCUGAGUGCAGUGUUACCAGAAUGUGUUUUAAGCAAUAGCUACAAUAACCAAUGCUGUGAUUAAAGCCUGGGCAUUAUAGUUGGACAUCUGAUAAAAACAUGUUUAUUGCGUUGAAUCCUUCUCUUGCCUCCAAAGAGCCAAUCACUUAUUUUUAUAUAUAAAUCGUUGUCGUGUAAUCAUUGUUAGAUGUUCCACAGACUUUCAGUACAGCACAGUACGGUGGCCUAGAGGUGCCACACACAGCAGCAAAAAGAAACAUUUGACGGAAAAGUUGGUGACAACAUUUCUUGUUGGUGACCGGAUAAAAUCCAAGUUCCUGGGAACAGGUUGAAGUCAGUUUUUCUAUUUCUGUACUACUCUCAGCAGUUUUCUUGGGCAAUUUGAUGUGAUUAUAUUUACCUACAAAUACUUGGCGUUAGAUGCACUAAAAUAAGGUGCUAAUAAUUAAAAUUCAUUAUACAGUAAAUAGUUUUUAAGUAGUAUUUAAGUAAUUUUAAAUACUUAAGUCUGACUUGACUCUAUCAUUAUACGAGCAUGUAGAAACACAAUAUUCCCAUUGUUCAAACCAACAGAGGAUAUUGUAUAUUUUGGCCUUGUUGUCACCAUUGUAAUGAUUUACAUGAUCCAGUCAAAAGGCUGGAUUGGCCCUUUGUUCCCGCCUUACGUUCCUGUCCGCUCUCUACUCUUCUAUCAAAUAGAGGCUAUAAAAAUGCCACCUAGAAAUCCUUGCUGAGGAUCUGCUUUAGCUGCGAAUGGUCCCAUGGUGGGGAUUGUAGCUCUCAGCAUAACACAACCUCAUCUCUUUGACCAUAUUUCUUUUAAGUGGGCCUCAGGGCUUUCAAGUAAGGUUUUUAUAUAAGAGUAGCAUAGAAGCUGGAAAUCCCUCCCGACUGUAGCCAGCGAGCUUGAUCCUGUCCAGUCACAAUAAAAAAUGUUGCCCCAAUGCUUCUGAGAAAAGUGAGUUUAAUUUUUUUUUUUGUAAUGUUUUUUGUUUGUUUGUUUGAAGUUUCAUUUAGUUUUUGUUGUAGUUUUUGUUGUGUUUUGCACCUCAGGGACACCAUAGUACAGUGCGCUGUCAGGUACCUCUUACUUGUGUUAAUAAGCACUGAACCCUGCCGGUCCGUUAUUGAUAGAUUUAACUAGUGACACCAUAUACUGCCUUCACCACACUGUUUGUAGAUGUAUUUAUUAGUGUUGACAGAUGUCAACAUGUGAGGUGCUUUUUCCUAGAGAUGCACUGAUCCAAUGCUCUACGUUACCAUUAGAGCUGCUUUUGAGGUUUUCUUUUUUUUAACUGCAGUGACUGAUAUAAAUAAACCUCUAACAUUAGCGAGCAAGUUAAUCGGUCACAUGAAGAUAGUUAUCAGCUCGAUAAGUUAACUCACAAUUUUUCUACAUGGCUACAAAUGUGUUUACAUGAACUGCAUCUGAUCAAUCUGUAACAGCAGAUCUGUCCAUUUUAUAGGCUGAUUUUACAAUGGGAGGUAAAACUAUAAUAUUAGAACAAUAUGAAGCAGUUAAACACACACAACACUGGCUGAAAGCAGAGUGUGUACGUAAUAGAAAGAUUAUAUUAAAAGGCACUUUGUGAAGAAUUUUGGUCAGUAAGACUGGAAAAGCACCACUACAUUAAUAAAGCCUGGCCGAUUGAAAGCCGGAAAGGAAAGUUGGUAUAAAUGCUGACUGUGUAAGGCAACAGACAUACUAGCAUUACAGCUCUAUCACGAAUAAACAGCAGGAUCUGCCACAGUAAAUUGUGGAUGAGAUGUGUAUAAGGCAAUUGUUGCCUUACUCUUUCAGCUGCAGGAAAAAUGUGAAAAACAGGUCAAAUGUAGAUCUAACUUAGGUGCAAAUGAGGUCCACAUGUACAAAUAUGUGCCCUGUUUUAGCAUCCUAUAUGAAGGAGUCUAUAUCUAUAUUCCUUAUUGAUGCUAAUGACAGAAAAACUUCAGACUUAAGUGUCUGUGAACAGAGGUCUGAGAGCUCUUCCAGGAAUGGUGAUACUGUUUUUGGGAUCUGCUCCAGAGCAGAUUAGCUGUCUGGCAUAAGUUUCUAUGGUCAUAUAUCCCAGAAAGAUGUGAACUGCCUUUGUAAUCCAGAAAGCCCAGGCCUAAACUUGAAGUUACCUGGCUAAGAUGAAAACCUACUUCAUAAUACACGUCUCUCUGGUGCACUGAAAGAGUUAGUGGCAAAAGCACUGAGUUGACAUUUCAGACUUUUUAUCAGAAUAGAGAAGUUGGAUCGGUGCAUCCUUACUUUUAUCCAAGCCUCCAGGCUAUUUGCAAUAUAGUUGUGGACACUCCCAGUUUGUUUGUUUUUUAAUGUUAGAUGGCUCACAAUUCAGAUUUUUUAUAUAUAUAGUUGUGAAACCUCAUUUAUAAAUUCUGUGAAAUGUUUGUGCUACUGCAUGAAAUCUAGACUCAAGUGAUUUCAUCUAUAUUUUUAAUAACCAUGAAUCAAAGAAUGAAAUCUGUCAAGAAAAACAUGCAAAAACUAUGCUCUGUCACCUCUUUGGAAAUUAUUAAACAUUUUUUUAAACCUG